AAAAAAACCAAUCUCUCGCGUUGGGCACCCAAAGACCAAACCCCAAAUAAAGCGCUCUCACCAGUCACCCCUUCCCCUCUCUCUGUUCCAUUCCCAAAUCUUACCGUCUUUUUUCUUUGGGAAAAAUCAUACGUUCGUUUGUUUUUGUAUGAUUUUUUAAUAUUUUCCGUUUAUUUUUUGUGCUCAUAUAAUCAUUAACAUAUUAAACAGUUUUCAUUCGGGAAUACCAAUUCUUCCUUCUGCACACCAUCACAGAUCGAUUUUGGGGGGCUUUUGAUUAACUUAGGGUUUGUGUUUUCGCUUUCGCUUUUUUUGAAAGAUCGAUUACUAUGGGUUCCGAGGGUGAUUCGAGCGAGCCGAGGGUCGGUGGUGGUGAAGAAGAACAAGUGGCGAUCAAUAUCCGGUGCUCCAACGGUUCGAAGUUCACCGUGAGGACCAACCUUGCGUCCACCGUUAGCGCAUUCAAAGCGGUUCUGGCUCAGAAUUGCGACGUCCUAGCUGAUCAGCAGAGAUUGAUUUACAAAGGUCGCAUCUUGAAGGAUGAUCAAACCCUAGAAAGCUAUGGUUUGCAGGCAGAACACACUGUGCACAUGGUUCGUGGGUUUGCUUCAGCUGCAUCAACUCCUGCUGCAAAUUCUACUGCUACUGGUAACUCUGGAAGUCCCAACAACGGUCCAGGUGUUACACGGGGUGUUGGUCCAAAUGAAGGUGGGGGCUUGGGAAAUGCUGGGCUUGGUGCGUCUUUAUUUCCUGGACUGGGCUUUAAUGCGCUAGGCAGUGGGGACGAAUCUGGUUUGUUUGGAGCUGGACUGCCAGAGUUUGAACAAGUGCAGCAACAAUUGACUCAGAAUCCAAAUAUGAUGCAGGAAAUAAUGAACAUGCCUGCCAUGCAGAGCCUAAUGAACAACCCUGAGUUAAUGCGCAGCUUGAUUAUGAACAAUCCUCAGAUGCGUGAGAUCAUCGACCGUAAUCCAGAGCUUGCUCAUGUACUUAAUGACCCUGGGAUUCUUCGACAGACGGUAGAAGCUGCAAGGAACCCUGAGCUUAUGCGUGAGAUGAUGCGAAACACUGACAGGGCGAUGAGCAACAUUGAAUCUACCCCUGAGGGAUUUAACAUGCUCAGAAGAAUGUAUGAAAAUGUUCAGGAACCAUUUUUGAAUGCUACAACUAUGGGUGGAAAUGCUGGAAAUGAUUCGAGUUCAAACCCGUUUGCAGCACUUUUCGGAAAUCAAGGUGGGACACAAGUCAGGGAUGGUGCUAAUAACCCCUCGACUACUGGUUCUGAAACAACCAGUGAGCUUAGUUCUCCAAAUACAAACCCACUCCCUAACCCUUGGAACAAUACUGCUGGAGGUACUCAGACAACAACUACACAACCAAAUCCUGCUGGGGAUGCUGGGGCACCUGGUAUUGGUGGUCUUGGAGGGCUUGGUCUCCCCAAUAUGGAACACAUGUUUAAUGGCAUCCCAGAUGCUACUCUACUGAGCCAGUUUUUGCAGAACCCAGCUGUAUCACAGAUGAUGCAAAGCUUGCUCUCUAAUCCCCAAUAUAUGAAUCAGAUUCUCAGCCUCAACCCACAACUACGUGGCAUGGUAGAUACGAAUCCUCAAUUAAGAGAAAUGAUGCAAAAUCCAGAUCUUCUGCGUCAAUUAACCAACCCUGAGACAAUGCAGCAAAUGCUAGCUUUACAGCAGUCACUCACGUCUCGGCUUAAUCAACGGCAAUCAACCCUGGAUCGAGAUCAGACUGGGGGGACUACAGGAGCACCGAAUAAUGCUGCUGCACUGGAGCUGAUGAUGAACAUGUUUGGUGGCCUUGGAGCUGGAAGCUUGACUGUUCCAAAUAACCCAGAUGUACCCCCAGAAGAACUGUAUGCAACUCAGCUUUCACAGCUCCAAGAAAUGGGUUUCUUUGAUACUCAGGAGAAUAUCAGGGCACUGCGUGCUACGGCCGGGAAUGUCCAUGCUGCGGUUGAGCGACUUCUGGGUAAUUCCGGGCAAUAAACUUAUUGGGUUUUUCCUUUUUAAUGGUUACUCUGGGCAGCCGUCGUUUGGACUUGUAAGAGUAGUUAAUUUGGACUAGUGGAUCGUAAAGGCACGCGAUGUCCAGACAAAGAUUCCAUUUUGAGCGUGUUAAUCAGGACACGCUAUGAUAGAGCCGUGAGAUUGUGAGUUAUAAGCAUUUGUUGUACCGGAUUAUUUUGGUGCCCUUUCACUGUCUGUCUCUCAUGUACAUACACAAUUUCCAAAUAUUUUCUGAGACUAUCCUCUUGUUGAUUU